AUGAGAAAGGGGAGGAUUAAAAUCGCAAAGCCUACUCCUGUUGCCUAUAUGGUCGACAAUUUUUUUGCCGGGAUUUUCGUUGCUGGCUUGGAUGAGAUACUCAAGGGUGCCACACUAUGGAUGCUGGUUUGUGGGCAUAUGGUACACGAAACUGAGUCAUUCAAGAGUUUCACGACUUGUGUUAAACAUUAUGACAUCGCAAAUGCAUUCGCAUUCGGUGCUGAAGGGUUGCAUGUCUGUCUUACUAUGCCAUUUAUAGCUGCCUAUGUUGAGCGCAUCCUCGUCGAAGGCUUCCUGGUGCAAGAGGUCAUGACAAGUCUCCUUGCUGUGUGUCCUCGGCUCACAAUGCACGCCUCUAUCAUUCACAUUCAUGUUAUGAAUGCUCUUCGCCGUCGCCUACCAACAAUUGUUGAAUACAACAAGGGGGUAAUGCACAUCGAUGACAAGGCUUCCAUCAUCGUGUCGACCUAUACCUUCUUCGACAAGAACCAGCGACCAUGGGGCAACGCACUACCCCUUCAAUGCUCAGGCUGCAAGUGUCUCCAUCAAUGGAAGCGCAUUUCCCCUUCGCUUUCUGACAAUGGUUCUGUGGCGAACCAAACCGUUCAAGUCUUCUUCACAUUCCCGCCGACCUGGUUCUCUUACUCACAGCAUUUCACUCCUCUCUCCGUCGUUCCUCACACUUCCAUCUCUGGCCACAUGAACGAGCUUGCGUCAGGUCUUGUGUUUGGAGUAGCCGGACUUGGUAAAUUGUAUGUCGAGGCGCGCGUGACAGAGGCACUUAGUAAGAUUCAAGGAGGUGUUGAGAAGAUGGAGAAGAUGGAGAUUAUUGAGGGAUCGUCAAAGGCUGCGCGGAAGAAGCGGUAUAUGAUAAUGGGUCUGGUCACACUUGGUAUUCUCAUUUAUUCCAAUCAAAAUGUGCGACAGGUGCACAUUUCAAUAUUAUUGGACUUUUGCUCUGUGAUCACAACUGGAGGUGUUCAGAGUGACUCUGGGAUCGCUGCUCAAGGAAUGGCCCGACGUACAUGA